AUGCCUCAAGAUCAGGAAAACGUAUGGGAAAUAGUAUAGUUGUUUCUUGGUAAUGAUUUUUUUGAAUUACUAGUAACAAAAACAAACAGAUGUCGCCCUCAGGUUGUAAACAAAUAUAAAGAGUAUAAAGCAGUGAAAUGGGUUGACGUCACAGUGAGAGAAAUGAAAAAGUUUCUGGGGUUAAUUAUCUUGAUGGGACAAACACGUAAAGAUGACAUAUAUGAUUGCUGGUCCACUCUCUCAUAUAUAGAAACCCCAAUCUUCCUAAAAACAAUGAGUCGCAAUAGAUUUAUGCAAAUCUGGAGAAUGUGGCAUUUUUGCAAUAAUGAUUUAUUGCACGACAAAUCAGACAAACUAUUCAAAAUUAGAGAAGUUGUAAAUUAUAUACAACACAAAUUCCAAACUGUAUAUACACCAAAGCAGGAAUUGUCAUUGGAUGAAGGCAUAAUACCUUGGCGAGGCAGAUUAUCUUUCCGCACGUAUAAUCCCGCAGAACUAGUAAAAUAUGGAAUUCUGGUGCGGAUGCUCUGCGAAGCAGCAUCAGGAUACAUUUGUAAUUUUAAAGUGUAUUCAGACGCAGAAGCAGCGCUACAAGACCCUUAUGUGGGAUUCCACCAUCAUAUUUACAUGGACAAUUACUACAAUAGCAUACAAACAGCCGAAUUGCUCCUCCAGAAGAAUACAACAGUUUGCAGAACAAUUAGGGCAAACAGAGGAUUUCCGCAGAAUUUAAAAAACAUCACAUUGAAAGAACACGAAACAAAAUUUGCAAGAAAGGGACAAAUUCUUUUACAAGUCUGGCAAGCAAAGAGAAAUCGAAUAGUCAGAACCAUUUCAACUAUUCAUUCGGCAGAAAUGGUAAACGUUUCACAUUGGUCAAGACCGAGAACAAAACCCAAAUCUGUUGUGGAAUACAACAAAUAUAUGAAAGGAGUUGAUCGUGCAGACCAAUUUGUCCGGUACUGUAUGUCAUAUUAUAAUAUUCUCCGGAAAAGCACCAAAUGGACAAAAAAAGCAGUGCUUUAUUUUUUAAAUGCUGCUCUUUUUAAUUCGUUUCUAGUCCAAAGAAAAAUAAAUAAUAAUAGAACAACAUAUAAAAAAUUUUUGCUUAAAGUUGCAAUAGCAUUGGUGGAAACACAGGAAAUUCAAGAUUUAGACACCGAAGAGGUAGGACCGUCGAACGUAGUAGAAACAACAAGACGAGCACCGAGACAUGACCCACCAGGAAGACUAUCUCAAGAUUUUAAAAAACACAAAUUAGUACCAAUUGUGACGAAUGGAAAAAAAUCAUAUCCUCACCGAAGAUGCAGAGUAUGCUCUGCAAACAAAAAAUCUGGUUAUACGCGAUAUAUUUGCGAAUAUUGUAAUGUGCCAUUACGUAAACUGACAUGUUUUGAACGAUAUCACACUCUAAAACAAUAUUAA